AUGACCGAAGGUCCUGAUCAACAGCAACAGUAUGAGGAGCUCUUCUCAUAUGCAGACACCACAGAGAAAGUGACACCAGAGCUCCCUGAGGAGCAGGAAAACUGUCUUGUAAACAGCUCUAAUCUAGAGAAAGUCUUGGGAUUAACCUAUACCAGAAAGAAAAAGGAACAAUCAAACCUCUAUGGAAUAAAAAAAGGAGAGCCAAACUGCAGUAUUUUUUCUCCAGAAACCACAGAGCAGCUGACCUUUGAAAUUCCUCUGAAUGAUUCUGGCUCUGCUGGACUUGGUGUGAGCUUGAAAGGCAACAAAUCUCGGGAGACAGGAGCUGAUCUUGGGAUUUUCAUCAAAUCAGUUAUUCACGGAGGUGCUGCUUUUAAGGACGGUCGUUUGCGAGUCAACGAUCAGUUGGUUGCAGUGAACGGGGAGUCGCUGCUGGGCAAGUCAAACCACGAGGCCAUGGAAACCCUCAGGCGCUCCAUGUCCAUGGAGGGCAACAUUCGCGGCAGGAUCCAGCUGGUCGUGCUCCGCAGGCUGGAGGUGCACGCAGAGGAACGCUCAGACCAGGGAGUCUUUCAAAAAUCAGCCUUUGACGGGAGUCAUAACUUCGCAGCUGCUUCCCGACGCAAUGAUACCAUUCUCCAGCAAUUUGUAACAUGCAGUCCUCAGGAAGGAAUCAAAGAGUUUCCAGUUUCUGAUCGUGGCAGUGGUGAAAAUGAAACCCCUCCACCUCUCCCACCACAUCCUAGUGAGGAUCUGCUGAAUGAGGAUUAUAGUCACAGCCCUAUCAUAAAUUCAGCAGUGCAUUUAACAGAUCAACACAUCAACUUCAGAUCUUUGACACCAGCCAAACAGUCUGAAUCAAUUAAUCUGAAAGCCUCAAAAAGCAUGGAUCUGGAACUGCAGCUGGUCUUCAAAGUGGCAGAUGAAAGCAAAGUUGGUUUGUUGGCCGGACACAAAUCGGACUCUUCUGGCAAAGAUUUUGGUCCUACUCUGGGAUUAAAGAAGUCCAGUUCUCUUGAGAGUCUUCAGACUGCUGUGGCUGAAGUAAGGAAGAAUGAACUCCCUUUUCACAGACCCAGGCCUCACGUGGUGCGGGGUCGGGGAUGCAAUGAGAGCUUCCGAGCUGCCAUUGACAAGUCUUACGAUGGACCUGAGGAUGGAGAGGAGGAUGGUGGCUCUGAUAAGAGCUCUCACUGUGGUCAAGAAGCUCAAAAUGUGGAAUCUGCCCCUUCAGGGAACCCUGAAAUAGAAGAUGCAGAAAUCAAAGCAAAAAAAGACAAAAAAACUAGGGAGAAAGAGAAGAAAAAGGGCAAAUCUAAAAUCAAAGAGAAGAAAAAGAAAGAAGAAAAUGAAGAUCCAGAAAAGAAAAAGAAGAAAGGCUUUGGUGUCAUGUUGAGGCUAGAGUUUAAAGAAAUUGAAAGAUGAUGUCGCUGUCAUAGUGGGAAGAAGGAUCACUGCUGGCCCUAGAUCUCCUCUGGAAAACUUACAUUAUACCGUAAACUGCUGUCCAUGCACUUGUGUGGAAUUGAAAGUGGAGACAGACAAAAUGAUCUUUCACUAGAGAAGAUUAAAAAGAAGAAAAAAAAAUAAAAGUAACCAAUUCCUCUAGAGUAGGGGGAAAAAAGUGAGGAUUCAGGUUUAGAAUAAGUGAGUUAUUAAGAUUCACCUGAGUGUUAAGGCCUCAAUCCAGCAGAAUAAAGCAAUAGACUACAGGUGUAUUAAAAGUGCUUUGGUUUCAUUUUUCUAGAUCUUUAUUAAAACAAUACGUUCACACAAUGCUAAAAAGCUACAGUGGAGAGCUAAAGUUAAAAUACAUAAGUAACUCUUCUGGAAAGUGCAUUUGUUGUCUGUAAAGAUUGUGUGGGUGAGUAGAAUUCAGUCAUCACUUGUAGAAACUCGAAAUUUUCAACCUUUGCUAUUUUAACCUGUUAGCUUAUUCUUUUAUUUUUAUGGAACUCAUCUGUUGGCACAUGGAUCUUUAAGACUAUUGUAUGUUAG